AUGUCAAGUCAUGGAGGCGAAUCCACUCUCCGCCCAGAGCCUGAUAAGGUCUUACAGGACAUCGCCGAUUACAUCCACAGCUACAAGAUAGAUUCCCCUUUGGCCUUUGAAACCGCAAGGCUAUGUUUGAUUGACACUAUUGGAUGUGGCUUGGAGGGUUUGCGUUUCCCAGAGUGCACGAAGCUUCUUGGACCUGUAGUCGAGGGAACCAUUGUGCCAAAUGGAACAAAGGUCCCAGGGACUAACUACCAACUUGAUCCCAUACGCGGAGCGUUCAACAUUGGCACAAUCAUUCGCUGGCUUGAUUUCAACGAUUGUUUUCUGGCUGCAGAAUGGGGUCAUCCUUCGGAUAACCUCGGUGCCAUUCUUGCUGUGGCUGACCACCUUGCGCGUCAAGGACAACCUCUGACUGUCCACGACAUCUUAGAAGGCAUGAUCAAGGCCCACGAAAUUCAAGGUUCUCUUGCACUGCUGAACUCUUUCAACCGUGUCGGCUUGGAUCAUGUCGUGCUCGUCAAAGUUGCCUCGACUGCUGUGGUAUCCAAGAUGCUCGGGCUCAACCGGGACCAGACGAUAGACGCAGUUUCUCAGGCAUGGGUUGAUGGACAAUCUCUUCGUACGUACCGUCACGCUCCCAAUACGGGUCCCCGCAAGUCCUGGGCCGCUGGUGAUGCGUGCUCUCGCGCUGUGAAUCUCGCAUUGCUUGUGAAGAAAGGCGAAAAAGGUCUUCCUUCUGUUCUUACUGCAAAGACCUGGGGCUUCUAUGAUGUUUUGUUCAAGGGCAAACCCUUCGAAUUCCAGAUUCCCUACGGAUCCUACGUUAUGGAAAACGUUCUUUUCAAGAUUUCAUAUCCUGCGGAGUUUCAUGCUCAAACCGCCGUUGAAGCAGCACACAUCAUUCAUGCCAAACUCAAGGAAACGGGUAAGACCGCAGAAGAUAUCAAGAGCGUAAGGAUAAGAACUCAGGAAGCGGCGGUCAGAAUCAUCGACAAGCAAGGCCCAUUGGACAAUUUUGCUGACAGGGACCAUGCCAUCAACUAUAUGGUCGCAUAUCCCCUCAUAUUUGGCGAGCUUACCUCUGAUAGCUACACCGACGCUUCGGCUGCUGACCCCCGAAUCGAUGCUCUUCGUGCCAAGAUGUACUGUGUCGAGGACAAGGGCUUCAGCGUAGAUUACCACGAUCCCGCGAAACGUUCCAUUGGUAAUGCUCUUCUGGUCGAACUGAACGACGGAACUGUCCUUGACGAGGUCGAGGUCGAGUAUCCUGUUGGUCACAAGCGGAGGCGCGAAGAAGGCACACCUCUAUUGAUCAAUAAGUUCAAGAGGCACAUCUCGCACCAUUUCGAACCAGCUCAUCAGCAAAAGAUUCUCGACACUGUUUCUGACGCCACGUCUUUCGCUAAAAUGCCUGUCGACAAGUUCACUGAUCUUUUUGUCAAGCCUUGA